AUGGAUCCCAGAACCCUCUGCUUCCUGUCCUGUUGCCUGCUCAUCUGUGUCAUUUCAGCUGAAAUCCACGAGGGCCGCAGGACUCCCAAGGCUCAGAAAAAGAAGGAUGUCAACAAAGCAGCCAGCCUUGGUGAGGGGAAGCCCUCAGGAGCCCCAGGCAGAAAACCCAAAUCAGACCCAGACCGGAGACAGAAGUCCCUGCGGAUGAAGAUUCCUGUGGAGGCUGCAGCUCCCCGCCCCCCAGCCCCUUCCAUCCUGACCCGGGUGGUCGGAAGGGGCCGCUUCCAGAAGGUGGGGGACUCUCUGAGCCUGCGGGCUGGGGAGCCCCUGGAGCUGCGCUGCCGGGGAAAGGUGGUCUACUGGAGGGUGCCUGUGUACCUGGAAGAGGAGGGUGAGGGACGCCUCAGAAUCAAGCACUUCAGCCAGCACAGCCGCUUACAGCUGGCGAACUCCACGGGCGCGGACACGGGGGAAUACGGCUGCUGGGCUCGAGACUGCCAGGAUGCGGCCUGCACCGAAGGGGAGGGCCACCAGGGAAAGACCUUCAUCUUCUUCACAGACCCAGAAGAGCUCUUUGUCCCCACAGAGAAUUAUUAUGAGGUGGUACAGUUACGCAGCCAUCAAUCAGUCCUGCUUCCCUGCCAGGUGACCAACCCCUUGGCCCAGGUAACGCUGCAUCGAGAGUUCCCCCCAGAGGAGGUCCCGGUGGAUGGGACGGACAUCUCCUUUGAUGUGAAGAAGGGCUUCACCAUCCACCGGCCUCGAGCUUCCUUGGCUGGCUCCCUCUUCUGCUUGGCCAGCCUAGGAGGCAUGAGACAAAUCUCCACCAAGUACAUGCUGAUCUACAUCAACUAUCCAUCUUCGCCCCCCAAACCCACCAUCCAAGCUUCAGCAACAUCGGUCUUAUUGGGCGAGAACUUCAAUGUGACCUGCACAGUUCUGAGUGAGCCGGAGAUUGCUGUGGACUUCAGUUGGGAAUAUCCAGGGCAGAAGCUGGGCCGUCCCCCCUAUGUCAGCGAGCGGGCGGACACGGUGCGCCGCAAGGGCCAGGUACAGCAGGAGGCAGGGAGCACCCUGUAUGUGGAAGAGGCCCGGGAUGGGGACGCUGGUGUCUACACUUGCCGGGCCACCAACCUUCAGGGCACCAGGGCUGCCACCACUCGCAUCCAAAACGAGAGGCUCCUGCUGUCGUCCUGGAAGGUCCUGGGGAGGGAGCUAUGA